UUUAAAUGCUUGUGUAUGGUUGUCACGUUUCCCGAGCAAGCAAGCAAGCAACGACGUCUUUACACACAACCAAAUAGCCAAACACACACACGCACUCUUGAGCGGAACGCCGCCGAAUUUAAUCGAAACCUUGUUGAGUUCCACUUAAACUGUUUAAACUGUUGUCAGAUUUUUGUUCCAAACGGAAUCGUAAACGCCACGCAUCGAUUUCGUGUUGGUUGAAAGAAGAAGAUGAUGGCUUCGAAGGUGCCCAAGUUGGGGUCCUUUCGUUACAGUUUCGCAGAGAAGAAGGAGAGGUUGUUGUCCAUGAAGGGCGGCGGUGGCGGUUAUUCCAUAAUAGGGAUUCUGCCGGAAUCCGAGGAGGAGGAGGAGGACUUGAGGAGGGGGAGGCGGUGUUGCUCGUACCGCGCUUUCUCCGAUGUGAUCGUGAAUGGGUGGAAGGGGGUGAAGCGCGUGGCGGCGAACGCGUGGGAGAUGGGUCGGUCUGAUCCGAGGAAGAUAAUAUUCUCCGCGAAAAUGGGGCUUGCUCUGAUCCUUAUUUCGUUAUUGAUUUUCCUCAAAGAACCCUUCAAAGAUGUCAGUCGAUACUCUGUUUGGGCCAUUCUCACUGUCGUUGUCGUUUUCGAAUUCAGCAUAGGGGCAACUCUUAGCAAAGGGCUUAACAGAGGAUUGGGGACAUUGUCAGCUGGAGGACUUGCUUUAGGAAUGGCAGAGUUAUCAAAAUUGGCUGGAGAUCAAUGGGAAGAAAUAGUAAUAAUAUUUAGCAUCUUCACUGUAGGAUUUUGUGCCACAUAUGCAAAACUAUAUCCAACAAUGAAGGCUUAUGAAUAUGGUUUCCGUGUGUUCUUGAUCACCUAUUGCUACAUUAUUGUAUCUGGAUAUAGAACAGGAGAAUUUAUUCACACAGCUGUAAAUAGAUUUGUUCUCAUUGCGCUUGGUGCUGCUGUGUCUGUGGGGGUAAAUGUAUGCAUAUAUCCAAUCUGGGCUGGUGAAGAUCUUCAUAAUCUUGUGGCAAAAAAUUUCAUGGGCGUUGCAACAUCAGUGGAAGGUGUUGUCAAUAGCUACCUAAAUUGUAUUGAAUAUGAGAGGGUGCCUUCAAAAAUUCUAACUUACCAAGCUUCUGAUGAUGUGGUUUAUAGUGGCUACAGAUCAGCUGUUGAAUCGACAAGCACAGAGGAUGCAUUGAUGGGUUUUGCUGUCUGGGAGCCACCUCAUGGUCGUUACAAAAUGCUUAGAUAUCCAUGGAAUAAUUAUGUGAAAGUAAGUGGGGCACUAAGGCAUUGUGCAUUUAUGGUCAUGGCUAUGCAUGGAUGUAUACUUUCUGAAAUACAGGCCCCACCUGAGAAGAGACAAGUUUUCUGUAGUGAGCUUCAGAAGGUAGGUUCUAAAGCAGCAAAAGUUCUAAGGGAACUUGGAAACAAAGUUAAAAAGAUGGAGAAACUAGACAAGGAAGACAUUCUGUUUGAAGUACACGAGGCAGCAGAAGAAUUGCAACUAAAGAUUGAUAAAAAAUCUUUCCUUCUUGUAAAUUCAGAGGGCUGGGAAAUUGGUAACAGGCCAAGAGAGGAUGUUGAACUUAGUGAUGAAAGACAUUUUUUGGAGUACAAGUCUCUUAGUGAAGCUGUGCUUGAUCUCAGAGGACUAAAAGUUCCAAAAAAUUGGGAAGCACACCUUGCUCCUGAAAUUAACCCUGCAGUUCCUACAGAUGAAAACAUGUUUAGGAAACAGACAUCUUGGCCUGCUCAUGUUUCCUUCAAAGCAGAUGCAGUGUCAAAAGAGGAAGAAUCAAAAGCAUAUGAAAGUGCUAGCUCACUAUCUCUAGCAACAUUUACAUCCCUUUUGAUUGAAUUUGUGGCAAGGCUCCAGAACCUUGUGGAUUCUUUUGAAGAAUUAGGUGAGAAAGCAAACUUUAAGGACCCUCUUCAGCAGCAAGCACCAGUAACAUCUGGUGGGUGUUGGACAAGGUUGUUUAAUUGUUUCAAAUUCAAGGAUUGAGAUAUGUUCUUACACCUGGCUACAAAGGAUCAUGGAACAGUGCUAAAUGCCCUUUCCCAAAAUCACAACAUGCAUUGCUGACUCUAACCUCCUAACCUCAUUGAGUUGUUAAGCAUUGUUAUUUGGGUUGCCAUUUUGGGACACUGGAAUUAGUGGCAUCCUUUUUAUCAAGUUCAAAAUUAUAGAUGACAUGAAUGAAUCUAACUGAAAAAACCUUU